GAUCAUCAUGUCUGCUGGCCUGGGCGAUGUCAUUGAGGAGUUUCUUCGUCAAGUGCUUCCCUUCCCCUUGCAGCAGAGCACACACGUUGUGUCCAACAGGAUGGUCUUCGAUGAAUCUGGCCGUUUGUCUGACUUUUCUGAGCCCUUGCUGCAUAUGUUCAACAAGACAGCUGCCUUUUUUCCAGAGGCGACGAAGAAGCUGGCAGAAGGAAAAGAGUUUUGCCUCCUCAUGGGUGAUGGUGUUGGUGACUGCACGAUGGCAGAUGGUUUAGAAAUUGAGACCCUGAAGGUUGGCUUCUUGAAUGAGAAAGUGGAGGAACGUUUGCCAGAGUUCCGGCGGAAAUUUGACAUAGUGGUUACCGAUGAUGGAGUAGUUCCGGAAGCCGCCUUUAGAGCCAUACAUUCAGCGUAGAAAAGGCCGUUUGCCGUCUGCAAUUGCAUCAAUUCGAGUUCAGUAAGGAUUGAGGGUAGACUGUAGACGGC